AUGACAGCACUAACGGCUGUUGCUGUAGUUGUUUGUGGAUCAUCCGGUACAGGAAAGACCACAAUUGGCUCUCAACUCGCACAGUCAAUUGGCUGGCGCUUCGUAGACGCGGAUGAUUACCACCCAUCAAGCAAUGUGCACAAGAUGGCAUCCGGCAUCCCACUCGAUGACAAUGACCGUCUCCCAUGGCUACAACGGCUGCGGCAUGAGGUGAUUGAGAAUAUUAAACCAACAUCUACUACUACUAUUACUACUACUGGAGCUGCUGAUAAUAAUAAUGAUAAUAAUACUAAUAAUAAUAGUACAGGGAAGGAUGAAAAGGAAGAAGGUGGUGGUGGUGUGGUGAUUGCAUGCUCGGCACUGCGCAGAAAGUAUAGAGAUGUGCUUCGUGGUAGUGAGUCGAAUAACACUAAACACAACGUGACUGUUUUCUUUGUGGAACUGGUGGGUGAUAUUGCAGUUGUGGCGCAGCGAUUGCAGGGACGCCAACAUGCAUACAUGCCGCCUACUUUGUUAACAUCGCAGUACGCCAUUUUAGAGCCGCUGCAGACUGAGGAGGAAUUGGGGAUGAAAGUAUCGGUGGAAUUGGAACCACAAGAGAUGGUACAUGCCGUAGUGGUAGAACUAAGGCAGAGAGGUCUACUCCAACGUUAG